GAGGCUGUUACACACUUGCGCACUGUGCGUAAAGGACACAAGUAUCCAAACCUUCGCCUGGACUUGUUUCGGACUCACCGUUUCAAAUUAAACUUUUGGAUUUUAAAAGAGGACUUUUUAUUAGGCCUACACGUGUACUUCUGUUACCGCAAACAACACCUACAAACAAAUCUUUGUAUAACAGAUGUGUGGAAGAAGAAUACUAUGGAAUAUCAUGGAAUAUAGUGCACGGGGAAUUUAAAAACAUUGAGCUUCCGAUGCGGCAUGGAUAGAAAAAGAGUUUCGUGUCGUCUGGAGUUUUAGAUGGACUUUAUUUGGAAAUCCUGGUAGGUUGCAAAUGCACGGAGGAUUUAGAGUUGGUGUCCUUAUCAUAUGGACUAUUGCUGAUGCGUUAAAACAUCUCACAAGACGUUCAUAAGUGUGAAGUAUUUAGGCAAGUUUUGGGGUUUGGAUUCUAAUGUAUGCGCAUUUUUAUACUUCCCACUUUAAUUAAUCCUCGUACCUCCAGAUUAUAUAAUUUUUUAGUUUUUGUUUUCAAGAAGGGGGCAAGAACGAUAUUAUGACUGACUUUCACUCAUGGACUCUCCAAAUGGAUCGAGCGCAGGUUUGCGUUCCUCCUUAAAGCUGCCCAUAAGGUGGCUGUGCGGCACGAGGAAUACUCCAAAGUCUUAUCAUGGCUCAAACAAACACGGAAUAUGGUCACAUCUGCUGGCCUGAGCCCAUCUGAUCUUGUUCUUGGCUGAUCUGUCAGGUUUAGCGUGAUCAUGGUCUCCUCCGGCUGCGCGCUCAUGGUUCUGAUGGUCGCACAGGUGCUCUUUGGAGACUCCAGUGGACUCGUUCCUCAGGUCGGUCGCUCCUCGUUGUCCCAGGACGUCUUACAUGCCUUUGAACUUCGGCUUCUGAACAUGUUUGGACUUAAACACAGACCGGUUCCCAGCAAGUCUCCGGUGAUUCCGCAGUACAUGCUGGACUUGUACUCGAUGCACUCGGUGAACGCGGAGCAGAGUAACACCUACCGACCCAAAGUCUCCGCGGGGAAAGGUUCAGAAAGAUCCGCGAGCCGCGCAAAUACAAUCAGGAGCUUCCACCACGAUGAAUCCAUGGAAGAUCUGUCCAGUUCAAGUGGAAAAACGACUCAACGGUUCAUAUUCAACCUGAGCUCGGUCCCCAGCGAGGAGUCGGUGACAUCGGCGGAGCUGCGGAUAUUUCGAGAGCAGGUGACCAACGGCAGCACGGGAUACCACCGCAUAAACAUUCACGAAAUCAUCAAACCUUCCGGAACCUCUAAAGAGGCAAUCACGAGACUCCUGGACACCCGGCUGGUUCAGCACAGCUUGAGUAAAUGGGAGAGUUUUGACGUCAGUCCCGCCAUCCUGAGGUGGACAGCGGACGGGCACCCUAACCACGGCUUCGUGGUGGAAGUGGUUCACCCGGACGGCGAGGAGGAGAACUCCAAAAAGCACGUUCGCGUCAGCAGGUCCCUGCACGACAGGGAGGACACGUGGCCACAAAUGAGUCCGCUCUUGGUGACCUACAGCCACGACGGCAAAGGCAGCGUGCUUCACGCUCGAGAGAAACGCCAAGUACGGACAAAUAAACAGAGGAAGAAGCACAAAGCGACCUGCAGGAGACACUCACUCUACGUGGACUUCAGCGACGUGGGCUGGAACGACUGGAUAGUCGCCCCGCCGGGUUACCAUGCGUUUUACUGUCAGGGGGAGUGCCCGUUUCCUCUGGCGGACCACCUGAACUCCACCAACCACGCUAUUGUACAGACACUGGUGAACUCCGUGAACAACAACAUUCCCAGGGCCUGCUGCGUUCCCACGGACCUGAGCCCUGUUUCUCUGCUCUACCUGGAUGAAUAUGAGCGAGUGAUCUUAAAAAACUACCAGGACAUGGUUGUGGAGGGCUGCGGGUGCCGCUGACCCCUCAGACAUUUACAGACGCUUGAGUUUUCCCAAUACUAAACUUUAUUUAUAAUAAAGUCAAACACAUAUUUUGGAAAAGUAUAUAAAGAUAUAUUUAUGUUCACUACUGGGAAAAUAAAUAUUUUAAUCAGAGUUGAGAAACUGA